GUCACAACCUGCUGGGUUUUUUUUUUUUAAAGGAUUUUUCACUUAUUCCUCUCUUGGUUGUAUGUGGUCGCCUUGAAAACAUCAACCUCCGGUCUACUUAGUCUGUGGAGACAUCCUUCCAAACCUCAUCUCGUUGACUCGGAAGUCUGGGUGUCAGAGGCUACUGUCUAGUCUAUUCCCCAGGAUGGUUUCUGUGAGGAUGCUGCUGCUGUCGGUGCCCCUCCUGCUCUGCGGGUGUCUGGGCACGCAGGGUGGCAACGUGCUGGUCUUUCCCGGAGAGUACAGUCACUGGCUCAACAUGCGAGUGAUCCUGGAGGAGCUAGUGGAGAGGAACCAUAGUGUUACCGUGCUGGUGUCAACCGCCUCGCCGUCCGUCGACUUCUCCAGGCCAGAGAAGUUCGGCUUCAAGGUUUACGAUGUACCCCAUGAAAAACAAGACUGGCAGGCUCUCAAUGAUGGCUUCAUAAAGUGGUGGAUGAACGAGUCUCACAGCACGUCCGUGCUGCAACUGGGACAGUGGAUCAGAGACUUCAUGCAGAAAAUGAACGUUCUAACGGUCAACAUGUGUAAGUCUAUGUUCAAUGACAAAGAGCUUCUGGAGUCACUGAAACUGUCCAAGUUUGACGCGCUCCUUUCUGAUCCGAUGUUCCCGUGCAGUGACUUAAUCGCGGAUGCUCUUGACUUGCCUCUGAUUUUCUCCUUGAGGUUCUCAUUUGGCAUGGUGUUAGAGAGGCGAUGUGCACAGAUGCCAGCACCUUCCUCUUACGUCCCUUCCCCGGAAUUGCCGUACACAGACAAAAUGAGUUUCUUUGAGCGGGUCCACAAUUUCGUUACGUAUACUUUUUUUGAUAUCUUUAUGAGUGUACACUUACUAACGACCAUGGACACUUUGUACAGUGAGAUAAAGGGAAGUCCAACUAGGUUCUGUGAGAUGAUGGGGAAGGCUGACAUCUGGUUGAUACGAACAUACUGGGACAUUGAGUAUCCUCGACCUUUCCUGCCAAACUUCAAAUUUGUGGGAGGACUUCACUGCAAACCUGCAAAGCCACUUUCAGAGGCCAUGGAGGAGUUUGUGCAGAGUUCAGGAGAUGACGGCAUCGUAGUGUUUUCACUGGGCUCCAUGGUCAAGAACCUGACCACAGAGAGAGGAAACACCGUAGCCACUGCAUUGGGACAGAUACCACAGAAGGUGCUGUGGAGAUACAGUGGGGAGAAACCAGAGACCCUGGCUCCCAACACAAGACUUUAUGAGUGGAUUCCACAGAAUGACUUACUAGGGCAUCCGAAGACUAAAGCCUUCAUCACUCACGGUGGAACCAACGGACUCUAUGAAGCCAUCUACCAUGGAGUUCCUAUGGUGGGUAUCCCUCUGUUCGCUGACCAGUCAGUCAACGUCAUGCACAUGAAGAACAAAGGAGCGGCUGUCAUCAUGGACUUCAACAAGAUGACAUCCAAAGAUCUGACGGAAGGACUCAACUCUGUGAUCAAUGACCCAUCGUACAAAGAAAACGUGAUGAGGCUUUCCAGUCUCCACCACGACCAGCCAAUGAAGCCAUUGGAUACAGCAGUGUUCUGGAUUGAGUUUGUGAUACGCAACAAGGGUGCCAAGCACCUGAGGGUGGAGUCCCAUAACCUGAGCUGGUACCAGUACCACUGUCUGGACGUGACCGCUGCCCUGCUCUCCGUGACGGCACUCUUCAUUAUAGUCUCAGUUAAAACAUGUACUUUCUGCUUCAGGAAAACUAAAGCAAGACCGAAGACAGAGUGACUACCCUGGUCUGGUAAUAAUGUCAUGUACUGAAACAAUCAUGGUGAGACAUUAUCGUAGUGGGCGUUAUCAUCAUGGGUGACAUUAUCGUAGUGGGCAUUAUCGUCGUGACCGACAUUAUCGUAGCGGGCAUUAUCGUCGUGUGCGGCAUUAUCGUGGUGGUCAUUAUCACCGUGGGUGACAUUAUCAUAUUGGGCAUUAUCGUCGUGGGUGACAUUAUCGUAGUGUGCAUUAUCGUCGUGGACAACAUUAUCGUAGUGGGCAUUAUCAUCAUGGGCGACAUUAUCAUAGUGCGAAAGGGUCUACAUGAACUAGGGUACCCAUGAGGAUUUCCUACACGGGACAACAUGUUAAAGCUGCUGAUAAGUCAUUUAUAAUAAUCAGCCAUUUUGUUUUCAUGUCAUUACAUUAAGAUAUAUGAGGGGAUUUUAACUAUAGUCAAUAAAAUGUCCUUGGUGAUUUAACACCUAUGUUUAUCCCUUUAUCAUGGUUGGUGUCUUGAUUGAUUUGUCCAAAAUCAUGUGCCAUAAAGCAUUACCUUUCUGUCCUUGCAUUUAUAGCGGUGUAAGUUGUCAUUAUAACAUAUAAAAAGCAUUACCUUU